AUGGGAAAUCAAUCGAGCUCAAUUGAACAGACUUGGUUUCAUGUUGUCCGUGUUAGGAGUAACUCACCCGCGUUUAAAGCAUCAAUUGAGCCUUUCUUCGAUUUCAUUACGUGCGCUAAGCCUGAGGCAGCCGACGGAGAGGAAUUGGCAGAUAAACCUUUGCAGGAUAUCGUGCAGGAGCAUAAGGAUAGACGUGUGAAUAUUACAAUCUGGUCAUCGAAGAGACAGACGUUUAGAGACGUAUCGAUAGUCCCUUCAAUAGAAUGGAAUGAAAUUGAUGACAGUUUGCUCGGUUUAACUUUGAGAGCAUGUGACGCAAACAGGGCAAUGUCUAGUGCACUUGAUAAUGUUUGGCAUAUACUCGAAGUUAUCACGGGAAGUCCUGCAGAAUCAGCUGGUCUGGUUCCAUACGGUGAUUGGGUUAUUGGAUGGCCAGGUGGUGUACUCAGACAAGAAAAUGAUUUCUAUGAUUUGGUGGAAAUGCACACAGAUAAACCUUUAAGGCUUUAUGUCUACUCAUUCGAUUUCGAUACUCUGCGUGAGGUAGUUCUAGUACCCAACAGGCAAUGGGGAGGGGAAGGUUUAUUGGGAUGCGGCGUUGGAUUCGGAUUACUCCACCAAAUACCAGUGAGACAAGAUUAA